AUGCUGACGGGUACACUUAUAGUAAUUCCAGAUAUUUCGCAGUUGAGCUCCCCAGGCCUUAGGGCUGAAACUGGUGGUGGCAAUCGUGGUCGUGAGAGGGAAAAAGGCCAAGGGUUGACAGGAUUGAAGGCACUUGGUGUGCGUGAGCUCUAUUACAAGCUUGCCUUCCUCUGCUGUCACAUUGAAUCAGCUAAUACAAAGGUGAGCUUUUUGAUUCGGGAAUUUACCGUAACAGUGCAGUACACCAGUUUUCAGUUCGGUGGCAAGGAUUUUUCACAUGAAACGAUGGAUAGCCUGUCGUUGUGGAAAGCAAUGUCUCAGCAAGAACAGGCUACUUUGAAAGCAAUGAACAUAACCAUGAAUGUCCCUGCAGGAAAUGUCCAACAAGUUGAAGAUAUCGAUGGUGUACGUAUUCAGGCCGAAUUCAGUCGUUUCAUAAAGGAGUUUACUGACACCGAUGGCAACUUGGUCUACAAGAAACAACUUCGCGAGCUAGCUGAACCGGAGAGGAAUACUCUUUUUGUUGAUAUGCGAGAUGUCCAUUCCUACAGUGCUACGCUCUACGAAACGAUUGAAUUGCAGUUUUACAAGCUGUAUCCGUACAUGUGUGAAGCGCUGCAACUGGCUGCUAUUGAUAGCUGCGAAGAAGACGUUGAAAGGCAGCGGAUGCUCCGCAAAGAAGUUUACGUCUCCUUCAAAGGUCUUGAAAACCGCGUGAAUGUAAGAGAACUGACAGCUGAAAAAAUUGGUGCGAUGGUUUGCAUCGACGGUCAGAUUGUACGAACCCAUCCGGUUCAUCCUGAACUGAGCCGUGGGACAUUUGUUUGUGAGGACUGCGGUGUUACCACUAGGAACGUCUUGCAACAAUUUAGAUAUACUCAGCCAUCACGGUGCGUUAACCCGCAAUGUAUGAACAGGACAAGGUUUAGUCUUGAUGUGGACGACUCGUCAUUUGUCGACUUCCAGAAAAUAAGAAUUCAGGAAACACAAGCAGAACUACCUCGCGGUUCGGUUCCCAGGACAUUUGAUGUCAUCGUUCGUGGUGAAUUGGUUGAGUCUGUACAGCCGGGUGAUCGUUGCAUGCUGACGGGUACACUUAUAGUAAUUCCAGAUAUUUCGCAGUUGAGCUCCCCAGGUCUUAGGGCUGAAACUGGUGGUGGCAAUCGUGGUCGUGAAAGGGAAAAAGGCCAAGGGUUGACAGGAUUGAAGGCACUUGGAGUGCGUGAGCUUCAUUACAAGCUUGCCUUCCUCUGCUGUCACAUUGAAUCAGCUAAUACAAAGUUCGGUGGCAAGGAUUUUUCACAUGAAACGAUGGAUAGCCUGUCGUUGUGGAAAGCAAUGUCUCAGCAAGAACAGGCUACUUUGAAAGCAAUGAGUGAGGAUAAGCGUAUUGCUGAGAACCUGAUCGAGAGCUUGUUCCCCAACAUAUACGGAAACGAUGAGGUGAAACUGGGGGUACUGCUCAUGCUGUUUGGAGGAGUAGCGAAAAAGAGUCCUCAGGAAGGAACUACACUGCGUGGUGAUAUCAAUGUCUGUCUUGUUGGUGACCCGUCAACUGCGAAGAGUCAGAUCUUGAAGACUGUCGAGGAGUUCUGCCCACGUGCCAUUUAUACAUCAGGCAAAGCUUCUACUGCUGCAGGUUUGACAGCUGCUGUGGUUAAGGAUGAAGAAUCGUUCGAGUUUGUCAUCGAAGCAGGCGCCUUGAUGUUGGCUGAUAAUGGAGUCUGUUGUAUUGACGAGUUCGAUAAGAUGGACCAGAAAGAUCAAGUUGCUAUUCACGAGGCUAUGGAGCAACAAACUAUAAGUAUAACAAAAGCUGGUGUGAAAGCGACGCUUAAUGCGCGUGCUUCUAUCCUGGCUGCAGCGAAUCCUGUUGGAGGUAGAUACGAUCGUUCACGCCCGUUGAAACAUAAUGUGCAGCUGUCCGCGCCUAUUAUGAGCAGAUUUGAUUUGUUUUUCGUGAUGAUCGAUGAGUGUAACGAGGUGGUUGACUAUGCUGUAGCGCGACGUAUUCUCGAUAUUCAAUCCGUGCUAUUUCUGAUCCACAAUUUCCAUUUUUCGCGGGAAAAAAACAAAGUACAGCACUUGAAGAUAUUCAGAAUAUAUUCAACGUUGGGCGAGUGCUUCAAGCCUCAGGUUUGCUUUUUGUCUAGAUUUUUUUAA